GCUGGACGGUAGAUGCAGUGGAGAAUUCAGAAGAGAUUUACUGAACGAAUUUUCAAACUAGCAGCGCAGCGAAAAUGGUUGGAAGGUAGGAAGCAUUCGGUCAGAUGAACUAGGCUCUUACUAGCUUGCAGUGGUUGAAAUUUGUUGUCAGCGGCUGCUGCCAAAAAAACGAACUAUGUGUCUGGUCAUGGCUCCUCUAGCUGGGGAAAGAAGGAUGCUUGGAGUUUUGGGUUUGCUGCUGCUGCUGCUACUUGGAAUGCUACAACUGGUAGUGGAGACUCGCCAAGAUCGCUCUAUGAGCACUUGCAAACCUUCCUUAGCCACCCUUUGUUCCUCAAAGUUAUGCUUAUCUCUUGCAGAAUGUUUCAGCCCAAGGGAGAUCUCCAUGAUGCUGAGGAAUACUACCACAGGGCAACACAAGUGGAGCCUGGAGAUGGUGAGUUACUGAUCCAGUAUGCAAAGUUUGUGUCGCACCUCUAUCGUGUGAACCUACGGCUGAUAUUUCUCAACGACUCAUGCAUAUUGCAGCAAUGUUAUCGGCGCAUAUGCUAGCUCUAUCUGGAAAUAGAUAAGGGAAAGGGAGAUGAAGAGAAUUGGACGGCAAAUAGUAAUAAAUCAAUGUUUCUGUUGUGUUUGUUGGCAUUGUUUCUUUGGUGGUUGAUGCCAGUUCAUCCAAGUUAGGUGUGUUGGUGUCUUAAUUUUUUAAAUUGUGGCAACUGUUCUCUUCUCAGCGAUUUAAAUUCAUGGAGUGACUAUAGAGAAACUGUUGUUUUCGAGGAAUAUUAAUUAGUACUUGGAUUCUCUGGUGGUUCAGUGGAG